CCUUCCUUCUUCCCGCAGCCCCGGAGAGACGUGCGGCGGUCGCGCCAGCCUCCUCCUUCUCCCCCGGGAAGCAGUCCGGGCUUGAGGCUGGGCCGCAGCCGCCCGCUUCGCCCUCGCCGAUGGUGUCCGGCCCUCCGGCGCCCAGGUCUCUCCCUGGCAGCUUGUGAGCAGCCGAACCUGCUGACUGCAGAUUCACACCUGCCCAGCUCCCUCCGGCUUCACCAUGUCUGGCUCCUAUGAUGAGGCCUCGGACGAGGUCACCGACAGCUUCUGGGAGGUGGGGAACUACAAGCGGACGGUGAAACGCAUUGACGAUGGCCACCGCCUGUGCAACGACCUCAUGAGCUGUGUGCAGGAGCGCGCCAAGAUCGAGAAAGCCUAUGCGCAGCAGCUCACCGACUGGGCCAAGCGCUGGCGCCAGCUGAUCGAGAAAGGUCCACAGUAUGGCAGCCUGGAGCGAGCCUGGGGUGCCAUGAUGACGGAGGCAGAUAAGGUGAGCGAGCUGCACCAGGAGGUGAAGAACAGCCUGCUGACUGAGGACCUGGAGAAAGUGAAGAACUGGCAGAAGGAUGCCUACCACAAGCAGAUCAUGGGUGGCUUCAAGGAGACCAAGGAGGCAGAAGAUGGCUUCCGAAAGGCCCAGAAGCCCUGGGCCAAGAAGAUGAAGGAGCUGGAGGCAGCCAAGAAGGCAUAUCAUCUGGCUUGCAAAGAGGAGAAACUGGCCAUGACUCGGGAGAUGAACAGUAAGACAGAGCAGUCGGUUACCCCUGAGCAGCAGAAGAAACUUCUCGACAAGGUGGACAAGUGCAGGCAGGACGUGCAAAAGACUCAGGAGAAGUAUGAGAAGGUGCUGGAAGAUGUGGGCAAAACCACACCACAGUACAUGGAGGGCAUGGAGCAGGUGUUUGAGCAGUGCCAGCAAUUUGAGGAGAAGCGACUGGUCUUCCUUAAGGAAGUCUUGCUGGAUAUCAAACGGCACCUCAACCUAGCGGAGAACAGCAGCUACACCCAUGUCUACCGAGAGCUGGAGCAGGCCAUCCGGGGAGCUGACGCUCAGGAGGACCUCAGGUGGUUCCGCAGCACCAGUGGCCCUGGGAUGCCCAUGAACUGGCCUCAGUUUGAGGAGUGGAAUCCAGACCUCCCCCACACCACUGCCAAGAAGGAGAAACAGCCUAAGAAGGCAGAGGGGGCCACACUGAGCAAUGCCACAGGGGCUGUGGAGUCCACAUCCCAGGCUGGGGACCGAGGCAGUGUUAGCAGCUAUGACCGAGGCCAACCGUAUGCCACCGAGUGGUCAGAUGAUGAGAGUGGGAACCCCUUCGGGGGCAGUGAGGCUAAUGGUGGCGCCAACCCCUUCGACGACGAUGCCAAGGGAGUACGUGUGCGGGCACUCUAUGACUACGAUGGCCAGGAGCAAGAUGAACUCAGCUUCAAGGCCGGAGACGAGCUCACCAAGCUAGGAGAGGAGGAUGAGCAGGGCUGGUGCCGCGGGCGGCUAGACAGCGGGCAGCUGGGCCUCUAUCCUGCCAACUACGUCGAGGCCAUAUAGCUACCCUGCUCACCCAAGUCCUCUCACUCCUUGUCCACCGCCUCCCACCCUCCUCCUCCCCUCGCCAUAGAGUUCCAGACAUAUUUUCCGAUCAAGCUUUUAUUUUUUUAAAAGUCAAAACAGAACAAAAGAAGAAAUACAAAGACCCAGCAGUUGCAGCCUACCUGGAGGCCAGGGUAGUGGGGCAUUGGAUGAUGGCUCCAGUGUGGGCAAGGGGCUUGGGACUUAGCCCAAUGUCACAUCUGUGCUACAGAGUCCACCAAAGAGUCUCCCGAGCUCUGAGGGUUAUCUUCUGGAUCCUUCUACUACCCUGCCUCACUGU